CCCGAGGACUGACAGAGAGACUGCAAUAUGGCGAGAAUGCCUGGCAGCGGAGAUAGCUAUGCAGAUACAGAGAGGACAAAAAAUGACCAAAAUAGUUACCUGGUGAGGAGCGACGAUGAGGAUGAAGAGAUCCAGCAAAUCCAGAUAACUGGGGACGAGGAGGAUGAAGAGGAUGAUAUCGGGCUGGAAUGGGAGGCAGAGAAUGAGGACCCUGAGAACUGUUGUAUUAUGGAAACGGAAACGGUCCUUAUGCGGAAUACGGACCAGGGGAGUGAGUUGGACUCGUUUCACAUCUCUGGACUGGACUCGCACCUGGGAUCGGAUCUGCAGCGUUCAGACCGAUCCAGGCUCAGCGAAAACACUCGUUUAGCCACCAGGUAUGCGGUUAGGAUCUUCCGCGAAUACCUGAGUGAGAAAUCACAAAGUCUGGACUUCGAGAAUAUGGACAAGGAAGCGCUGUGCAAGGUGCUGAGGUCUUUCUAUGAUGAGGCACGCUCAAAAAGUGGGCAGCUGUAUAGCAAGUCUUCUCUGAUCAGUAUUAGGAGCUCCUUGAACAGGUACCUCAACGAGCCGCCUUACUGUCGCACUUUGGAUCUGACUAAAGACCCCGAGCUCAGGAGUGCUAACCUGACACUGGCAGCUGUAAUCCGAAAGCUGGAAGAGCAAGGCGCAGGUCCUGUUGUGCAGAAGCAAGCAAUCACUCGAGCUGACUUAAGAAAACUGUACACCUCCAGUGUGUUUAACACAAGCACGCCUUUCGGCUUGCUCAAUAAAGUGUGGUUUGAAACAUGCAUGUAUUUCUGCACCAGAGGCAGAGAGAAUCAGAGAGAGUUAGAAGAGGACUCUUUCGGCUUGGCAGUAGAUGAGGAUGGGAGAAAGUUUGUGUACUUUAAAGCACUCGGCCCCUACCAUAAGUCCAGAUCAGCGUCUUGGAGUAAAAAGAGAACAGACUCUGAUGAGGAUAACUUACCUCGCAUGUACGAAACUAGAACGGAGUUCUGCCCUUACGCCAGUUUUGUGAAAUACAUUUCCAAGCGGAACUCCCUUUGCAAGGCUUUCUUUCAGAGGCCGAGGGAUCAUUGCAGUGAGAGCGACGUGACUUGGUAUGAAAACAAAGCGAUUGGCAAAAAUCUGCUGGGGACCAGGAUGCAAAUGUUAUCCAGGGCUGCCAAGCUGUCAAAGACGUAUACCAACCACUGCAUCGGCGCUGUGUCUAUCGCAACUCUAAAUAGCAUAGCUGGCAUUGGGACGAAGUUAACGUCUUAUGAAAUUGCUCCGGAGACUGCCAUUGGGACCCAAUAUAAUUUCCAACUAGUUGACCCGUUUGUGCAGCAGGUUGAAGUUGGCAAGGUAGAAAUUAAACCAUCCGCAGCUUCCAAGCGGACACUGUUUGAGCCCGGCUACCCCGCUGAAGUGACUGGCCGGUCCUCUCCCAAAAGGCUACGUAUGCGCCGUGCUGAGCAGCACGUGGACACGCCUGCUGUGAUUUCACAGAGAGCUGACCCACAACCAGCUCCUGCUGUUCCUCCGGAGUCCAAUGGACAGACGGGGACACCGUCGCCAACCAUUGUACUACCUGCAGUCUUACAAGGUACAGAGAUAAACAGAGCCAAUAUGUCUAGACCCAUGAUAACCAGGUCUCCUGCAUCUCCUUUGAACAACCAGGGUAUUCCAACAUCUGCACAGCUCACCAAGUCCAAUGCACCAGUACAUAUUGACGUGGGCGGCCACAUGUACACCAGCAGCCUGGCGACACUCACAAAGUACCCAGAGUCCAGAAUUGGCCGGCUGUUUGAUGGCACUGAGCCAAUUGUCCUGGACAGCCUCAAACAACACUACUUCAUUGACAGAGAUGGACACAUGUUCAGAUACAUUUUAAAUUUCCUCAGGACCUCCAAACUUCUUAUUCCUGAUGAUUUUAAAGACUACAGCCUCCUGUAUGAAGAGGCGCGGUACUUCCAGCUGCAACCCAUGUUGGCAGAGCUGGAGCGCUGGAAGCAGGAUCGGGAGCUGGGUCGUUUCUCCCGCCCCUGCGAGUGCCUGGUAGUGCGGGUGGCGCCAGACCUGGGCGAGAGAAUCACUCUGAGCGGAGACAAGUCCCUCAUUGAGGAGGUCUUCCCAGAGAUCGGUGAUGUCAUGUGCAACUCUGUCAACUCUGGCUGGAACCACGACUCCACACAUGUCAUACGCUUCCCGCUCAAUGGCUACUGCCACCUUAACUCUGUGCAGGUUCUGGAGAGGCUGCAGCAGAGAGGUUUCGAGAUUGUGGGUUCCUGUGGCGGGGGAGUGGACUCCUCGCAAUUUAGCGAAUAUGUUCUGCGGAGGGAAAUCCGGAGGGCGCAGCGUGGCCCCUCUAUCAUCCGGAUAAAACAGGAGCCUCUGGACUAACGGAACAAUCAUGCUCAGCUCCAAAGAGCAUGAAACAUUUCCCAAGCAUCCAAUACUGAACGUAAAGCGGGCUCCUGUCCUCCUUUUUUUCUUUUCUUUUUUGUUAUAAUUUGCAGACUGAUUGAAAUAGAACUGCUGAAAACAGGCAUUUCUCAUCAAACAACAUUUGUGGAACAUCUCAUGAAAUUCUGAAUCUUCUGAAGUUUUGGAAUUAAGAGCUAAUCAAGGCAUGCCCUUGAAUUUAUAAAUACUCCAGUAUUUAAAGGAAAAAAAAAAAAGUUUGUUUUAAAACUUUGAUAUAAAUAAAAUUCUAAUUGGGCAUUUACAUAAAUCACACUGCAAACAUUAGAUGUCAAUCAGAACAUACUGUUGGUAUGUGUACACUGCAAAUAAAUGCAUUUUCCAUUUUUGACUGCAUUGCUUUGGUGUGUUGUGUGACCAGUAAAACACAUUGCCAGCAAAAUCAAACUUGCUGUGGAAACCUUAUCUGGGAAAACUAGGAUCUAGGGAAGCAAAGCAGUUUUAUAUUGUAAUUUUACUGGAUAAAAAAUACAUUCUUAAUUACAGGUUUUAGACCAUAAAUAAAAUUGAUUAGGCUUGUAAUACUGAAAAGGGAACUGAAUAUCUGUGAGAGAGAUUUAA